AUGGGGGACUCCGCCCAACACUCCCCCAACUGCUUAAGCCUCCAACAACAGACAUAUGGCCUCCCAGAAGCCGUCUCCCCGCCAGAGUUCCAAGUCCUAGUGAGGAGCGCGCUUCUGCAGACUACUGUAAGGGGGCAGCGCGUCUUUCGAAGGAACGCAGGGAGCGUGUGCAGGCUGGCAAGAGAGGUGUGCGGGUCGGCAGGUCUUGACUGGUCAGAGGCUGCCUGGCAUGGGUCGCUGACCGCUGCAAUGAGCGGCCUGGAGGGGCUCACUAGCGUCCAAGAAUCGGCCAUGCUCGAGGGCUUCAGGCAAGUUAUUGCCUCGGCGGCUGCGGCCCACCUUGAGGGGCUGAAGCAGCCGGGUAAGGUGCGGGCCCGCAGAGCUAAACCCCAAAGCCCAAGCCCAAUCCCCCCGGGCAAGCACACCGGCAAUGAUUGCAACAAGCAGCUGGGGGCACGUUCAGACCCACAUACUCUUCACUGCGACGAGUGCGCUGCCACCACAGAGUUCGGGCUACGAGGAAGCAAGGACGGGGGGAAGGUCAAGUACUUUUGCAGAGGGCAUGUCGAGUCAAGUGGCUGCUUUCGUGUCGACAAAGAUCGCGCAGCAAAGCUUCUGGCGAUCGGUUGCGUGGAAAGCAACCCCGGACCUGUGCUGGACGAGGUGACUGCAGCUUCGGGCGAGACCCGGCCACGGGAUGUUGGCGGUCGGCCACCCAUCCAGAUUCCAUCUCUUCGGAAGGUUCAUCCGGCACCAUCCCAGGAUCAACCUAACGUCGAGCGCAUAUAUGCCGCCUCCUAUGCGGAUUGGCGGAAGAACAGUGGGCUGAGCGAGCAGUGGUCUCCUGCAGUCCUAUGCAAGCUUCUCAUGCCGUCCCUCUUGCAGGCUGUGCCCGGCAAGCCUACGGCGGUGCCCGAGUCCGAGGGCGUCGUUGAACCUACUACCCUCGUCCCUCUUCAAGAACCACAUACUGCUGGCGUCCCGGCGGAGGUCGAUGAUUCCUCUGCAAGCACGACUGUUUCGAGCCUCGAGGACUCCGAGGACGUGAACCUUGGCAAGUUUGUUUCCUGGAGGAAGGCCAGAGCUGCGGAGGGUGGUUCGGAGCCGUUUCGGCUCGAUGCAGACGAAGAGGCCCGCGGUAUGGCCCCAAACCCGACGGCAGCUGGCGAGCAGGCGGAGGAGCUGACGCCGGUGGACAGACUGGAGGAGGAGUCGACGCUAGCAGGCAGGUUGGAGGAGGGGCCCGCGCUACCGGAUGAGGAUCCGGAAGACGCCAGCGAGAGCAUCGAAGACUCAUCCGGAGAGACGGAAACGGAGGAAGAGCCGGACUCCAGCGAUCUGAGCGCCAUGGAUGAUUCUGAACAAUCCAAUGACGAUCCCAACCUGCACCGUGCCGUUGACCAGACGCGAGAGAAAGAGAAGCUGCCACGGUCUGUGAAUGCUGCUCUCGCUGGCAUGCGCUUAGAAACGGAGAGGAGGCGCCAACAAGAAGAAGCGUCGGGCUCUGAUCGGAUUCGCCAGUCUGCCGUGUCCGACUUCGACCCUGGUUCCGGGUCGGAUCACAAGGAGCAAGGCGCCGCUCAUGGGCUGUCCCAAGGCUUCACCGCUGUGCCGGAGCCGGAGAUCCGCUCGGAGCCUCUGACCGGGAAUGAGGUGUUCAAAAAGGACGAGUUCCGUGUUCUGCGAGUGCACGAAUUCGGCACCAAUUGCUUCCAUCAAGCUGGAAAGAACUUGAGCCGUUUUCGUGAAACUCCUGAAACGGGGCCCAGCACUCAGGCCGGGGAAGCCGCGGGCAGUGUAGAGGAACAUGGGAAAGGCGGUGAGGGGCGGUUCAGGCGCGAGGAGGUGAUUGAGAUUAUCGAGCGAUGGGCAGUGGUCGUCUUCAAGGAUUCAUAUGCCCUGGACUUAGAGCCAAGCAGCUUUGUCUGGUUAGAGAGUGGGGGGCAGACCAAGUUCAGCCUCCACCUAACAAUCAACCAGCUUCUGCCCCGCCAGUUGGUCUUCCCAUCGAAUUCCGAGAAUGGCGCAUCACACUUUGCCACACACCUCAAGCAGAGGCUACAACCCUGGCACCCCACUAUUGCCCCCCUCAUCGACUUGAACGUGUACUCAAAGGAUCGGGAGUGGCGCACACCGGGAAGCGCCAAGGUCGAGAAACCGAAGAGCGUCCUGAGAUUCCUGAAGCCUGCCCACACCUGGAGAGACGGGCUGGUGACUUGGCUGCAAUCUCUCGAGGCUUGCGAGGAGAUCAAACUGCCGUUCCAGCUGCCUAAAAAUAUGCAUCGGGGGUUCAGAACCCCUCAGCACAUGACCCGCGAGGGGACCGGGCGAACUCCACAGAAUGGGGCUUUCGUUAGAGCCCGCAUGCUGCAGUUGCUCAGAGAGCGGCUGCACCCCACUGCCUACGAGGAGGGCCCCGAUCGGUUCAACUACUUUGAUCGCUUAGAGCCUUGCUACACCGAUCGCAUCCACGAGAACCAUCAGAACCUCACCUGUCAUCUGACCCCAAAUAGCAAGAUAUAUGCCCUAUGUUUCUGCACCAACGUCGAAGGCGGGGGGUCAGAGUCACCCUGCCGGACCAAGGCCUUCUACCUCGGGGACCUGUUCGAGGACGACAUCACCUACGACUCUGGGGCCGUCUGUGUGGACAUGCAGUAUCUCCAGCGGGACCCCCAGGCAUCCAGCCCCGAGCUUCUGAGCGAAGUGGCCCGGGGUCAGGCGCAGGCCACAAAUGCUUUCAAGCUCAACACUGUGGCUAACGAGUGGCUUGCGGGGGCUUUUCAGCUGCUUGCCAUCCGCUCUGCGGUUAACACGGGCAAGACGGAGUUUUGCACCAAAGAUCUGAAGAAGCGCUUUCCGGGUGCUGCAAACUACCUCGAUCUGAAAGCAGACUACAACGACGAGUUGUUCCCUGAUCCCGACGACCCCAACGACUUCCAAACUGCGCUUCAAAACCGGGGCAAGUUCCCCUGGGUAGUAGUUCAGGUGGACAGCCUCCUCGGCUUGCGUCCGCACGGGAUCGGCGAGGUCGCCCCUUUCGACCUCGUCAUUCUGGACGAGGCCGCCAGCAUUCUGGCGCAUCUGUCUUCUGCGACCUUGCGGUGCGGCCUGGAAACCGGCGAGCUGUUCCUCGAGAUCGUGCAGAAGGCCAAGCGCGUCCUGGCGAUGGACGACGGCUACGGCCAACGCGAGCACGACUUCUUCCAGCUGGCAAGGGUACCAGGGAAGCUCGUAAUCAACAUGCGACGGGCUCAGGUGCCUCUCACGUUUCAGGUCGGUAAAGACGAAGUGCGAUGGCUGGAUCGUAUCGUUGACGAUUUGUCGGCCAAUAAGAACGUUGUUGUUGUCAGUAUGUCGGCCCGCAUCUUGGAUAGGAUUCGUGAUCGGGUUACGAGUCAGGGAGUCCAGGACACUCUGGGGCUCGACCCGGAUCGGAACAUCCUGAUUCAUAGAGCAAUGAGCGGGGGGGACAACGUUGAGCUCUACUCGAGAACGUAA